AUGACCACUGGGAAGGGAUGUAUCGCUUACAUCCAAAAAGGGAAUCCCUCUCCCUUCCCGUAUAUGGUUUCUCCCAUAAGAGAACGGGAAGGGAAAGGGAGGUUUAAGAGGAAAGGGAUGCCCACUUUGACGUGUAAUGUCACCAAAGACUCUUUGGACAGAUUUGGUGACGAUUUGUGUGAAUAUGUGUUGUCUUUCCUAUCACUUGAAGAGAGUGCAUAUCACAACUGCAAUCAUUACGUGAACUAUUCAUACGAUUCGGUCGUUUAUCGGACCACAAAAUGAAUUGUUUUCCCGCAGUUAUGGAGGGUUUCACACAAAUCGGACUCAAACCUCAGUAUUUGAAACGUCUGUCCAUUCAUUUUGACUAUAAUUCUUAUAAAAAAAUACCCAUUAAUGGCAAUGAAGUCAAACAACUCCUACACUGCAUUCGUAAGUUCUAUAAACGGUUGACACGUUUGGAAGUUUUAGGCGAUUUUUAUGGGGGAUGGGGGGUGAGGGACUUUGUUUUACCGCCACUUGAUUUCACUUGCGGUCAACAAUGGAAACGUAUCACACAUUUAACGCUCCGUUUUAAUGUCAAUCACAAAGUUAUCGCGGAUAUUGUGAAAUGCUUUCCAAACAUUCAGUACUUAACACUUGAAAUGAAGGAUAAAAUUGAUGACAGAAUAUUGAAUACAAUAUCGGAAUUACGGAAUAUUCUGUACAUUAAGUUGUAUUUUAACGCUAACACUAAGAAAAUAAGAAAUAAUAAUAAGAC